GCACUUGGCGGUUGUGCACGUACUGCACACUAGCGUACUGAAAGAGCCUAUUGCGUUAACGGUUGGGCAGUGCGUACUGAAUCCAAUCUAGUGCCUUCUGUACGCCAUUUCGGACGCCGCCGUCCUCCUCUGUGUAGGCGAUUCGUUGCUGCGACGCCAAAGCGUUGUUAAGCCAAGGUCCCUUUAGUGAGGGCUGAAGUAGCUAACUAGCUAGGAAACCUUUGUUUCGCCUGUUUUAAUAUAUUGUGUCGUGAUCUGUUAAUUUUAUAAAACUCAUAAAUGAUCCAUGAGAAACAUAUUUUAUAUACUAAAUUCAUAAUUCAUCGUGGUCGAUAUAUUAUAUACAACGAAUAUUUUUUUGGUUUUUUGUUUCAAGAAAAAUGUGUAAGAGGGCUUCUAUUUUAUCGCUAUGAUGUUGCUAGGCGCUCUUCGUUUGUUUUCCUUAAUAGUGGCGUGGCCCAUGAACUAAAGUUUUUAAGUUAGCUCAGUUUCGUGUCUACAAGUACAGUUAUUGUUAUACGUUAUUGUGGUAAACUAGAGAACAUGUUUGUUUUGUCCAUUGUAAUCCUUGGUUGCUUAGAACGGAGUUAUGUUAUGGGAAAAGAACGAUAGCAUAUCCAUUACUGUGGCUAGCGGGCUAACAUCUAUAUAUCUAGCUAGUUAGCCAAUUUAGCUAAUAUUAGCUAGCUAUGUUAAUGAGCCUAGCUAAAGUAUCAUUUACAGGACAGUUUAUUUCAAGUGAUGUUCAACCGACUGGGGAAUGACUAUAGUUUAUUGCGCCUUUUGCGAAAAAUCAGAUUACGAAGAUCAAACUUUGCAAAUGAGGGUGUUAUAGUGUUUGCUGCUUUUCAAAAACUCUGAACAUAAGAUUUGCGAAAUUGAAAUACAUUGCUAGUUAGCUGAGCUACUUGACUAGUCACCCGAACUUAUCCUUAUUUAAGACAUUAUUGUCACACCAAUGAUGGAGCAGUAUCAUGUUUUGGAGAUGAUUGGGGAAGGGUCAUUCGGCCGAGUAUACAAAGGUCGCAGAAAGUUUAGUGGACAGGUUGUAGCUCUAAAGUUCAUCCCGAAAGUUGGCCGCACAGAGAAAGAGCUGCGUAGUUUGAAGAGAGAGAUUGAUAUCAUGCGAGGAUUGAAACAUCCCAAUAUAGUUCUGCUAUUGGAUAGCUUUGAGACAGAGAGAGAGGUGGUGGUUGUGACCGAGUACGCGGAGGGUGAACUGUUUCAGAUCCUGGAGGAUGAUGGGUGCUUACCUGAGAGCCAGGUGCGAGAGAUAGCCUGCCAGCUGGUGUCUGCCCUGUAUUACCUGCACUCUCAUCGUAUAUUACACCGUGACAUGAAGCCACAGAACAUCCUUCUGGGCAAAGGGGGUGUGGUGAAGCUUUGUGACUUUGGCUUUGCUCGGGCCAUGAGUGUGUCCACCCUGGUGCUGACCUCCAUCAAGGGGACCCCUCUCUACAUGUCCCCGGAGCUGGUGGAGGAGAAACCCUAUGAUCACACAGCUGACCUCUGGUCUCUGGGCUGCAUCCUCUAUGAGCUCCACACGGGGGCGCCUCCGUUCUACACCAACUCCAUCUUCCAGCUUGUGCAGCUUAUUGUGAAGGACUCUGUCAAAUGGCCUGAGAAUAUGAGCCAAGCCUGCAUGAGUUUUCUGAAGGGACUGUUAACUAAAGACCCUCAGAAGAGACUGGCCUGGCCUGCUUUACUUCACCAUCCAUAUGUUGCAGAUGGAGUCAUAGUGUUGUCUGAUGAGGGCUCAAGCAGCCCCCUCACUGUAACGCCCAGUCCGGACCUACAGGCCCUAAAGCGGCUGCAAGCCGCAAAAAAAUCAGCACCCCACAGUGGAGAGAGCAAGCUACUGCGCAGAGCCAGAGAGCAGUGGGCCAAGGAGCAGAAGAGCAGACAGGCCCACGCGGAGAACGGGAAGGCAGUUUGUAGCAGCCAGCCGCGCUCCAGAACUGCCCCGGCUGGAGAGGCCCCCACCGGUGGCCGUUCAUUGGGCAGCACCUUUACAGUGUGUCAAAAUUCAGCUCAUGCACCAGCCAAUCAGCAUCAAGCAAGUGACAUUGGUGUUGCCAGGGUGAACUCAGCUCCCUGUAAGGGGCCUAUCAGCAGGGACUAUGAGAGGGAGUUCCCAUCAGUGGAAGUGGGUCCCAGACUGGUACUGAGACACUCUGGACCUGGUCGCACCAGCUUGGCUUCUGUUAAGAUGGACAGUGACGAGCGGGAUGCUGACAGCGAUGAAGAAUGGAAGAGAUUGGCUGAAGUGACAGACUGGGCCAAUCACACGUCUGCCUCUAUGGACCCUCCCAUCCAUCAGAAACUAAAGAACAAGCUUCUUAGAUGCAAGGACCAGGUCCUGGGUGGGACUUUGGAAGAGCCUUCUGUCAUCCUUCAUCCCGUGACGGUCCUCACAAACAUGAUCCUGACCUCUGGUGCUACUGAUUCCAGAAGAGUUGUUGAAGUGGUGGGCCUCCCUCACAUUCUGUUUAAUCUGUUGGAGGAGAUGCUUAGCAGUCCUGAGUUAAUGAAGAGACCAUGGCAUGAGAGGGUUCUAGGACAGAUGAUGGUGUCACUUCUGACAUUCUGGAAAAACAACCCUGACUGGAACAUAAAGGAGAAGAGCAUCGAGAAUCUGUGCCAGCUGUUUAUGUCAGUGCUUCUUCGUUCUGACCCAAACCCUCUGGCACCAUUAGUGGCAACGGUCCUGAGCCAGCUUGUGGAUCAUGGUGCACGCGUGUGCGUCCGCACACACACACUCACUGCUCUUUUGGAGUCUCUGCUGUCGGGUCCAGAGGAGGUUUAUCACCCCUUUCCUGCUGGCUGGGGUAUAUGUGAUGGUGUCCUGGCCCUGGUGCUCAGACUUCUCUCUGAGAGCGAAAGAAGUGCCCUCCCUGGUUUUCUGAACUCCAAGCUCUGGUGCCACCUCUGGACUAAAGUUGGCAACAUGCUACAAAACACUGUAUCCAAAACCAACUUUCUCUCAGUUAAUGGUCUCCGUGACCUUUUGUCUCUCGCUCUGUUGGCCUUCUGUGACGAGCCCUACGACUGCGUGACUCUCUUCUUCACUGCCAGCAACAACCUCGGCUGCACCCUCAGCCGCCUCCUGACUGCCGACAGCUCGGCGGAGCUUGAAAGGGGUCUCCAGUGGGGCUGCUCAGGCGUGAGCAGCCUGUCAGCCAUGAGCUGCCACUUGUUUUGCUUCCCUUUUGCUUUGCCGCUUCCCCCGGAGAAGAUGGCGGAAGUUCUCUCCUCGUAUCAAAGCCUGAACUUGGUGACAAGCUUAGUUCAGGUGAUACAGAGCCAGCCCCUGCCUCUGUUGGAGCUUCCUCUCUGGCUACUGCGGAGGCUGUGCCUCUCCUCUCCUCAGUGGGCCAUUUCCAGCUUCUUCAUUGCAGCCCGCGCCUCUGGCUUUCUCCCCCCGAGUGCAGAGGCCCGCCAGAUGCUAAAUCUCCUUAACCAGCCCAGGAGCACGGCCGAGCAGCCAGUGUGCCGCGGCAUCCCACACAAGGGCCAGGCAGACCUGGCCAGGGGCACCAGGAACCAGGAGAACAGAAGCGCGGCCAUGGUGCCAGGAAGUGUAGAUAAAGCCAGGGCUGUGGGGGAAGCCGUCAGAGUGCAGGCGCAGGUGCCCAAACACCAGGCUGGGAGGUGGAGGGAGCAAGGAGAUCGAUGGAAGGUUAAGACAGAUCUGCAAAUACCCAGAGCAGAGCAUCUUCAGCAUAGCACAGAGUCAUACAGUGGGAGUGUCGAGGAGCUUUUAGACAGCUUAGAACUUCAUGAAGACUUUAUAGACCUUAAAUAUCUUGCAGCCCAGCGAAACAGCACCAUGAGCUGGCUUGUGGACAGCUUAGAGCAACCUGGAAAUGACAGAAACUGUGUUCGAGGAGAUGGGAGAUCUCUUACAAUCUCAGUGGUAAAAGGUCAGUCACCUGAACCCAAGAUUAGGACAGUGAGCUCUCUCCUGUCUGAUCUGCUGCAGAUCGAGUCACUGUGUGGGUGCACAAUGCAGCUUCUUGCGCUGCUCUUCCAGACCAUUCCAGACGGCUCAGUCCUGCCUGUGGACCCAGCCCUGCUGAACCUCGCCCUGGGCCACCAUGACGAUGGGGUCCGGGCCACUGCCUGUGAGCUCCUCACCCGCCUCAGGCCGAACCUGGGCCACUUCCCCGCUGGAGUGGAGACAGGGCCAUCCCUGCUGCGGAAGCUGCUGAGCUGCCUGUCUGACCCUGCGCCAUCUGUACGAAGAAGCGCAUGUAGGGCUGCAGUGAAAACGCUGGCCCUGAUUGCACAUGCUGACCUUGGGCCCGAGGUCUCUGAGGGCAACUGGUGUGUGCAAAAAGGCGUCAUGGGGGGUAGGAGGGGGACCGUUGGUGGACCAGUGAGAGGAAGCGAGACGAGGGUUGUUGAGACGGAGGGGGAGGGGUUGCUCGAAGUUGUUAUGGGAGCAGCUUCAACGGCACUCUCUCUCCUCUCGGACUCCGAUGCUGUCAUCCGUCGCCACAGCUGCGUCGUCCUCGGCACUAUGGCUGUCAUCGACGGAUGCGGUCUGGCGCUGAUUAGCGCCGGUGCUCCACGCCAGCUCCAGCACGUUGCCCGUGGCGACUCCCAUCAUGCUGUGCGGCGGCAAGCAGAGUCCGCCUUGCACGCGUUUAGUCAACAGGACACGCUGCAGCAGGCUCUGAAGUCCAUGGAUGCUGAACUUAAACUUCACCAUGGGUCUCCGAGUUCUUCACUUCCAAGCAAUUACAAAGCCCUUGUCAGACAGCAGGACAGGCCGAACAGAGGGAAACACAAUGUGGACUCAACGCCAGGGUCAAAUGUGUAGUAUAAUUAGUAUAAUAUUAGUGUUAUAAGUAAGGUAUGCGAAAAUGUCCUUUCCAGAAUGUGCAUGAGAUGUGAACAAGGUAGGCGUCAUUCAGAAUUGCCUUAAUGUCAGUUGUGUCUGUACUUGUUUAUCAUUGUAUGUUGUUUACCUUGUUGCUUUCUUGUGGUUUGUUUUCAAAGAUCUUUUGAUACUUUAAGGCUAGUUCUAGACUGAGGAUUCUCAUUAAGAAUGUCAUUUAUACUAGUCCAUAAGAUGUAUAGAAACUUGGCCUCGAAGAUUUAAUUUAGCAGUAGGUACCGUAGAGCUGUUUUAUACUGCACAGAAUACAGGAUGGAUAAUGACGCUUAGUUACAGGCUACUUGGAAAAAAUACUAAAUAUGUCUUGUAUACAAAUGUGAGCUUUUGACUGCCCAGCCACAUUUGUCUGAGCACGCUUUUGCUUUACUUCUGUUUUUAUGAUAUUGAAAACAUUUUUAUACGGAUUUUGUAAACAUCAAUUAAUUUAUCGAGAAUAGAAAUAAAAUAAAAGUGUCAGUGGUGAUUGUUGUUAAAUUUUAAAAGUGACAAAAUUGUGACCUUGUAAAUAAUAAACUAUAUUU